AUCCAAACAAAGAAUCCAAACCUGAAACAUUUUUUUUAAACACCAUUGUCAUUGUGAUGUGAUUAUUGCUGUUUGUUGUGAAAUGUUUUUGUACAUGAAAAAGAAGCGAAAAAUUACGAUAAAUCCCAUUUCAUGAAUUACGUAACCUAUAUUAGGCAACGUUUUAACGUUCUUAAUAAAUAAAAGUACAACUUUGUAAGAAAAAGAAGUUAUUUCACCACAUAUUCAUUAUUGUAUCAUAACCUUGUUCCACUGAUUAUUAUUUCACAUUUACGACAUCUAUAUAAGCUUCAGGAUGUCCGACGACGAAGUAAUACGCUUUGAAAUAACAGACCAUGAUUUGGACAAUGAAUUUAAUCCACACAGGACACACAGAAAGAAUAAGAAAGAGUAUGCAAUAUAUGGUGUAUGGGCUAAAGACAGUGAUGAUGAUGAGAAUGAGGACAAUGUCCGUCAGAGAGUACGGAAGCCCAAAGACUACUCCGCUCCCAUUGGCUUCGUGGCCGGAGGAGUCCAACAGGCCGGCAAGAAGAAAGAAGAGGAAAAGAAAGAACUCCAACCAAAAUCCGAAGCAUCCACUUCCCGUUCGAUCAUAGUAGACAGUUCAGAAGAAGAUGAGGAACCAAGUCAACCAACUGAGGCAGAGACUGCAGGGCUCCGGAGGAAGGGGCAGAGCAUGAGGCCUGUCUCUUUGGGAGGCAAUGUUGGCACUUGGGAGAAACAUACUAAGGGCAUUGGUGCUAAAUUGCUGCUUCAGAUGGGCUACCAACCAGGCAAGGGUCUGGGCAAGGAUCUGCAGGGCAUAUCGGCACCAGUUGAGGCUACUGUCCGCAAGGGCAGAGGUGCCAUCGGCGCGUACGGCCCCGAGAAAGCUGCUCUAAAAGCGAAGAAGGAAGAAGAGCGCAGAUUAAAGGAAAAAGAAGAACAAGAGAAAGAGAAGGGAACAGAGAAGUCCUACAACUGGAAGAAGAGUCACAAGGGGCGAUACUUCUACCGCGACGCCGCUGACGUCAUCCAGGAGGGUAAACCCACCACGCAUACACUUGCAAGUAGCGAGCUAUCCCGGGUCCCAGUGAUAGACAUGACGGGCAAGCAGAAGCGAGUGCUGAGCGGCUACCACGCGCUGGCGGCCGCGGCGCCGCGCUUCGAGCACGAGCCACGCCGGGACUGCCGGCACUUCGCGGCCCCGCAGUUGGCCGCCAACCUCGACACGAUGGUCGAGUGCUGUGAGCAGGAAAUAAUCCAGAACGCCAGGGAGCUUCAGAGAGCAGAAGACGAGAUCGUAGUUCUAGAACGGGACCUAGAAGAAUGCAACAAGAAGUUAGAAGAACACUCGUUAGUUACUAGCAAAGUGCAGAGUAUUCUCAGUCGGGUGGAGGAGUUGAAUAGAGAAGACUUAUCGCUGGAGACUGCUUAUGAAGUGCUCUCGGAUCUUAAGGAGACUUACCCCUUAGAGUAUUCAAUGUUCGGGCUGGGCAGCAUAGCGGGCAAUAUAAUAAAUCCUCUUAUAAGCGCGCUGUUAGCUGCGUGGGACCCGCUCCAAUCCGCGUCCGAGCCUGUCCCUAUGUUCUGCAAGUGGAAAGAACUGCUCUCAGAGGAGGCCUACAACACGCUACUCUGGCAACACUACGUGCCGAGCGUCACUAGCGCCGCCGAAAAUUGGAACCCCCGCAACCCGGAGCCGAUGCUGCAGGUGUUCUCGUCGUGGGCGGAGGCGUGCCCGCGCUGGCUGGCCCGCAGCGCGGCGGCGCGCGGCGUGGCGCCGCGGCUGCUGGCCGCCGUGCGCGGCUGGGACCCCACGGGGGACACGCAGCCGCUGCACCACUGGGUGCUGCCCUGGCACACCCUCGCGGGUGAAGCCUUAGCCAGCACAGUGUACCCGCUGAUCCGCUCGCGGCUGGCGGCGGCCCUGACGGCGUGGCACCCGGCGGACGGGUCGGCGCGGCCGCUGCUGGCCGCGUGGCGCGAGCCCUGGGGCUCCGCCCUCACCGCCAUGCUGCACCAACACAUCGUGCCCAAGCUGGAGCAUUGUCUGCAGAACGCACCGCUCGAGUUAGUUGGCAGGGAGAAUACGGCGUGGCUGUGGUGCGUGGACUGGCUGGAGCUGCUGGGCGCGCCCACGGUGGCGGCGCUGGCGGGCCGCGCGCUGCUGCCGCGCUGGCUGGCCGCGCUGGCCGCCUGGCUCAACACCUGCCCGCCGCACGCCACCGUGCUGCACUCCUACACUAGCUUCAAGAAAAUGUUCCCGGAGGAAGUCUUAAAAGAGGCUGCAGUGCGCGACGCGUUCAGAAAGGCGUUAGACAUGAUGAACAGAAGCACGGACAUGGAAUGUGUGGAGCCGCCGCCCCCGCCGCGCUUCACCGCACCAGAGCCAAAAGAAUCCACCAAAAUAUCCGAAAUACUCGCCACUACGACCCAGCACAAAUCCUUCUCUGAGCUUCUAGAAUCAAAGUGUGUAGAGAAAGGUAUAACUUUUGUGCCUAUUCCUGGUAAGUCGCGCGAAGGUCGUCCGCUUUAUAAAAUAGGUACAAUGCAGUGUUACGUCAUCAGAAAUGUCAUCAUGUAUUCUGACGAUGGCGGACGCACCUUCUUGCCUGUUGGGCUCGAUAAGCUCCUGAAGAUGGUCGAAGAUUAGAAAAAAUAAAACAAAAUAAAUUAUUCGAAAAUAUUA